AUGACCGAUACUAUCAAUAGUCUAAACAACAAUACGAUCAUUAUUUGUAGUAGCGCCCUAUCAUCAUCACAUGAUAUUAUUUCAACAUCAGUAUCAUCGACAUUAUCAAUUUGCGAAGAAAAUAAUUUUGAUGACUCAAUGCAUAACGACGAAUGUCAGGAUAAUACCCUCUCUUCAUCAUCGAAUGAUCAAAAUACGAGUAGUAGUGUUUUGAGUGGUGUUGGUACAAGUAAUCGAUCGACUUUUUCCUCCUCCUUUACAUUCGAUAGUUCAUCAGAUUCUCUCAUGUUGAAUACAAUUGACGGCUACAAUAGAAAUAGAGCCUACAAUAAGAAGCAACACAUUUCACAUCAAAUUUUACCAUCCAAACUUCAUCAUGAACAGUGUAAAUUAAUGAAGAGGGAUUUUUCGGGAGCAUGUGCCAUCUUUCUAGUGAGAUUUAGAAAGGACCUCGAUGAGGAACAUGACUAUGUGCAGAGGAGAAUUGAUUUGGAUAGUGAUGACUUUGAAUUUGAGCUGAAUUCCACUGAACAAAAAACCGAAUCUUCCACUAAUUCAACACUAUCGAAUGAUGUUCAUGAUUUUGGUAUUGUUGCAAAUGAUGAUGAUGAUAAUGAAAGAAAUAGUAGUUCAAAGUUGGCCACAAAUAAUAAUAAUAAUAAUAACAAUUCACUGCUGACGUUGAAGGAUAUUCUGAUAGAUAAGAAUCAAGUGAGUCGAUUGGAAAGUUCUUCCUAUAAGAAUGAUAGUGAAAAUGAGCGAGUGUGGAUAAAUUAUUCGAAUCCUCUCUUUGAAGAGGAAAUUAAUGACUUUGUCAAUCCACUCUGUGAAAUUGAAGAAGAAAUUCCAGAUCAUUUACUCAUGUUUUAUCACACAUGUCACUAUGGCAAACCGAGAGAAGAUUCAAAAUUUGUUUCACAUUUGGAUAGUUUAACACCUGCCGAUUCGUGGACUGAGGUUAUUAAUCCACUGAGCUUGAGUGGUCUCUGUAGAACACAAACAGCCCAGAGAGAAUUACAACAAUUUAUGAAACACAAAAUUACCAAACUGAAAGAUCCUCUCUCAACAACUUCAACUUUUUCACUUCAAAAGAAGGCAGAAAAGCGAAAAUCAUCUCGAGCUUCUGGUACACUGAAGAGAAUGAGUAUCAAGCAUGGCAAUCAACCAGUUAGUACUAAUCCAAUAACGGCCACUUUGACAAGUAAAGAAUGGCAAGAAAGUGUCUUGGAAGAGGAAUUUAAAAUCAAUGUCAAUUUGGAAACAGAGUUUGAGGAAUUUUGUAAUCCUUUAUUUGAACACGAGACACAUAACUAUUUACUGCCAGAUGGUUUGAAAUACUCAGACAUGUGGAAAUUAGUGAAUGAAAUGAAAUCUGAGUGUCCACCGAGUGUUAAUAAGAUUAUUUAUACUCGAUCCAAUUGGCUUGAGUUGGAGGAAAAUAAUUUCAAACAAAAAUUGAACAAGAUUUUAUCAAUUGGCACUCAUCAAGGCCAUGCUAGGACGUCAUCCAGUACAACUAGAUCUGAAUUCGAAAGAAGAAGGCCAGAAACUAGACGGUAUACCCAAUUGAAUCAAGAACCAGAGAGGAGGGAUACUAUUGUAGAAGAAACUAACGUUAUCCAUAUAGAAAAGAUAAAACUAACUGUAGAUGGUGAGAGUAUUUUCAAUUAUUUAAAGAAAAAAGCUCAAGGUUACUUGACAGAUACUGAUAUUGUAGAAUUAUUAUCUUUCAUUUUGGAUACACAGAGGAAGAAUGUUAAUGGAUGUAGAGACAUUUCAAAUAAUCUUGUACUUUUAUCACCUGUACCAUAUAACGCCUACGAAUACUUGGAAUUUUCACCAAAUACCAUUUACAGAUAUGUUGAUAAUGAUAAUCCUGUAUUUUACAACGGUCAAAUACUCAACGUGAUUCCAGAAAAGAAGAAGGCAUCUCUCCUAUCUGAGGGAGAGCUUAUAUCAAAUCUAUUCCACAAAGGAAGUGUACCAUUAGAGGCAAUUAAUGCCAUUUCAAUACCGCAAGAUAGUGCAUUCUUACUGGAUGCUCCAACCUAUACUAUCAAAUUAUUGAUUAUUUUGGAAAAUUUAAUGGCAAUUAUACAGAAGGAAUACUUUUUAGUUUCUGAACAAGCUAUCGACUACUAUUCAUUCAAGCAAUCGGAAAAUUACAAGCUAACCAUUAGAUACACGAGCAUGCUCAGAAACUUUGACCCGAUCAAACUGGAUAGAAAUCAAAAGAAGAGUUUCUUUAUCAAUUUGCAUAAUUUAAUGUUAGCACACGCAUUUUGUGAAAAGAAGUAUAUUGCCAUUGAAGAAGAAUAUGAAAAAUUCUAUAAUGAACCAAAUUAUCUUAUUGGUCGAUAUAAGCUCAGUAUGUCCGAUAUCAUGAACUAUAUUUUGAGAGAACAGCAGUUACCUGAAUGGAAGUUCUAUCUCAGAGAGUAUCAACUAAAUUUCCUGGAGAAGCAAUAUUCAUACGACUCAUUCUCAUCCCAAUUCGAUCCAAGAAUACAUUUCAUAAUAUCCGACGGAAGAAAAUCAAGCCCUUUACCACAAGCUAUAGAUCAAUUAACAAUGGAAAGAAUUAUCGAGUCAAGUACUAAACGAUAUAUCAAUGAAAACUUUGCUUGCACAGAAAGUUCCAUUGAAUUACCAGCAUUAUUCCACCAAUACAAGGAAGAUUUCAGUCCUGUGAAUGGUUCAAUAUUUGGAGUGUUGAAUUUUAUUCUCAAACAUCUAAGAAAAUCCAAUCAAGCUCCAUUCUUUGAAUUGUUGAAAAAAUCAAAUAUUACCGAAACGCAAUUAGACUAUUAUGCCAAUCUUCCUGUAAACAAUUUACAAAAUUUCCCAAUCCUUGCCUUCCAAGUUAUCUAUUCUCCAGUUGACUUUUCAAGUAAUUGUUUGAUGUUUGAACAAUUUGUUGGUAAUGACACCUCUAAACCAAUUUCUUUCGAGGAGGUAUUGAGAAAUACCAACUAUAGAUCCUACCUUCGUGCAUUUUCAGAAAUUGAGUGCAGUACUGAAAAUAUUGAGUUUUACGAUCAUGUCGAGAAGUAUAAAACAAUUACAGAUAUGGAGGCAAGAUGGAAAUUCGCUCAGAAAAUGUAUGAUAAGUUUCUUGUUUCUGAUUCUCCUUCAGAAGUCAAUGUGAACAAGCGUCUAAUUUCCACAGCUGCAAGACAAAUUUUCAGAACUAAAGGUGAAGAUGAAACAUUUGUUAAACUUCCUCUCGAUUUAUUCGACAGACUAAACAAGGAAGUUGAAAUGGUAUUAUUCGAUACAUACAGUAGAUUCACCAAUACUGAAGCUUAUCAGAAUUUGGUUAUGUCUUCAAGAAGGAAAACAGCUGCCAAUGCUUCAAUGGCCAGUGGAAGUGUUGGUGCCAGUUUCCUCCUCUCCAACAAGUCCAAAUUCACAGAAUCUAUCUUUGAUUUGAUAAAUUCAAGCAGCUUAACAACACCAAACUCUGCAAUGUCAAAUACGAAUUUGGAUUCAGAUUUAUCACCUUUUGGAACUAGCAGUAGUCCAACUAGCUCUUCAACAGAAACAUCUCCUAGACCACCAUUCGAGAGGAAAAUGUCCAAGAUUGGUCUUUUAGCUCAAGUAUUCGAAAGAAAUGAACAAACAGAUGGUCAAUCCAAUAAUCUUCAAACUCAACAAAUCAAACCAGCAGCUGUUUCACCACGUUUACAAAGUCUAAUGGAAGUCUUUUCUAAUGGAAAUGCCGAUUCAAAUGAUUUGAUAUCAAGACGAAGACUUUCAAGUGCCAGUACUGAUAGUCUAAUGAGUACAAGUUCUAAUGUUUCCACAACUUCAUCAAAGCAUUGA